AUGUCAAUUUCGAAAACUAGAUGCAUUGUCGAUAAAUGUAUAAGAGAAACUGCUAGCAAAUGUAACUCAUGUGAACAGAAUAUUUGUAUUCAUCAUUUAAACGAACAUGCUGAUCAAUGUCGUAAUAUUGAAUCAUCAUUAUGUUUAGUUGAUGAUAUUUAUGAAAUUUCAAAUCGAUUAAAUAAUUUUGUUAUAAGUAAAUCACAAUUUAUAAAAACCUUAGAAGAAUGGCGUUAUGAAGCUCAUGAAACAAUUGAUAAGUUCUGCAAAUCGAAACAAGAUGAAUAUAUAAGAAUAAUAAAAGAAGAAAUUGCUCAAUCUCAAAGAACAAUUGCUACAUUAAGUUGUGAUCCUGAUGCUUCAAUAGACUAUAUUGAUUGGGCUAAACAUAAAAUAGAAACAAUUCAUGAACAACUUAAUGAAUUAGAACAAAUUCAAUUGAAAAUUUUUCCAUUAAAAAUCGAUAAUUCAUUAAUUAAUAUUGAAUCUUUAAUUUAUGAUUUAAAAGUUGAUUCUUCUCCACCAUUAUUAAAAGAUCUUUUUAGUUCUUCGUCAUCAAAAAAUGAAUUAACUUCUGAUUUAAAUUCAUUUUCACCAUUGAAUUCAAAUAAGAUUGACUUAGAAAAUAAUUCUUUAGUUUAUUACGAAAGUGCAAAACAAUAUUUAAAAGUUCAAUCUGAUAAUUGGUAUUCGUUAGCAUCAAAUGAAACAAAUUUAUUAAUUAGUGAAAAAUCAAAUCUAUCUUUAAUUGAUCAAUCUUUAAGAAUUAUUAAUAGAAAAUCAUUUUUAAAUAUUGGAAUAAAAGAUCUUUGUUGGUCGAAAAUUCUUUCUCGGUUUAUUUUAAUAACACCAAAAGAAAUUUAUACUCUUGAUGAAAAUAUGAUAUCAUUAGAAUUAUGUCCAAUAAAUAUAAUAAAUAAUUAUCGAUGGGAACGUGGAACAUCAUCAAAUAAAACAUUAUUUAUUUCAACUUUUGGUGAAAAUCCGCUUAUUGUUGAAUACAAUCUUUUGCCAUCAAUACAUCUAAAUAAACGAUGGCAAUCAGCAAUUAGUUUUCAAGAAAAUGAUAUUAUUAAUGAUAUUAAAUCAAAUGAGACUUAUAUUGGAUUAAUUAUUGAAAAUGAUACAAUUAAUCAAAGCUAUUUUCAAAUUCGUUUAAUUAAAUCUUUUCAAUUAAUUUAUUCAGUUGAUCUUGGCAAAGGAUGGGCUUAUCGAUGUUCGAAUAUAAAUGGCAUUCAUUGGAUUAUUGUAGAUUCUUAUAAUCAUAGAUUAAUUCAAAUAUUGAAUAAUGGGGAAACAAAUAAAAAAAUUUAUAAUUAUUCAACGAAACCAUUUAAUAUUACUCAUUGGACACAACAACAAUUUGUUAUCAGAACAACUGAGCAUAUUUAUAUUCAUGAUUAUUGUUGA